UCUCGCUGUGUCCAUGAUGUUGCAGAUCAGAUGUUAUAUAUGUGGUGGUUUGCCCUAGGAUUAGAAAGUGGCUUUUGAUUGCAUUUAACUAUUUGUAUGCUAAAAGUAGAUUAAAAUUUCUUUCAAACCACACUUGCAUAUUGUUUGACCAUAAAGAACUGACCUGGACCUAAAACACAAACAAACUCACAAACUCACACAAACCAAAUUACAGUCACAAGCUAUCUUUUUUUUUUCUUCUAUUUACUCUGACUCAUUAUUUUUGCUGAAAAUCUAACUCUUAAACAGGACCAUGAAUGCUCAUAUUGAUCACAUGCUUCUGAAAAUGUGUAGUUUACAUACAUGUAGGGAAAGAUGCCUGUUCAGGGCCUGCUUCCCUCCAUUCUGAUAGAAUCCACAAACCAGGAACCUAGAGAAGUCGGUUCUGCCUGACUGCCUCUUGGUAUUUACAACCCCAAGAGAACCGACCUUCGGUGUUUUCACACCUCCCUUCCCCCACGCCAAAUGGGACAUGAAUCAGAAUGGGGAAUUGACAUGGCUCUGCUAAAGUGAUAAGGACUGUUAAAUAAUGACUUUCUUCAUUGUGCUUGAAGAAACAGACCCACAUCAUCUACAUACCAGACCAUCAGGCGCCAAUGCUUGGACCGGUUAAAACCGCGAUGGACUGUGGUUGCCACUUUUGGACACUAGAGAAGGACUGGAUUAAACGCAUCUCAAUAACUAGUUAAAAAUGUUUUUAACUGUGUUCUAUAUAAGGCUCAUGUUGAUACAAGACAAAUAUGCCACAUUGCUUAAUUCAUGUGUUCAUAGUCUCUUGUGUGUAUUUCAUGUCAUGUUCCCACGGAAGUAUUUACGGUAACUUCACGGCGUGUUUUCAGACAGAUAUACCUUUGAUUUCUUUCUAUGAAUCGUUGGCUAAUGUUAUCAUAAACAGUUAGUACCUGAAUGUGGGAAGUUAUCAAUUUAAUAUUUGCAAAUGAUAUUUGUACGGGGACCAGUUCAGCUCAGACGCGGGCGUGCCUUAAAUUUGCAUAUAACAACGCCCACCAAGCGCACUGACCAAAACGAAGCCUCACGCGCGAAAACUCCGCUUUUCGCUUCGUUUCGCAUCGGACUUUCGCUUCGCUUCGCCUUUCUUCGCUCUUCGCCUUGCCUCGCCGCAGCGAGGACCUGCCGAAGAGGACCAGGGAAGACGGCCGGUCGGAGAGACCCAGGGGGAGCUGUAACAGACCUGGAGUCGCACCUGCCGAGAGCUGAGGACCAGAGCCGGUGAAGGAGGCGUGGACCGCCCUGCCCGAGCACCAUCAUCACGCCGCUGGCUGCCCGUGCGCACGACCACCGCCGAACCCCGCCAUCGCCGCAUUCCACACGGACCGAGAACAACAUCGCCAAUCUUCUCGUUACAGAGCCAUGUCUAAGAAGCUGGUGAUUGUUGACACAGACUGUGGCAUAGACGAUGCUCAGGCGAUUCUGAUGGCGCUGGCCGCUCCUCAGCUCCAGGUGCUCGGCUUCACUUGUGUCUUUGGAAACACAGAUGUCAACAAUGUGUGUCAGAACAUUCUCAGGGUGCUGUCAGUCUGCGGCAGAGAGGAAAUCCCAGUGUUUCGUGGCUGUGGUGGGCCUCUGGUUGGAGCUGAUAAACCGUUCAGUGAUCACUUUGGGACAGAUGGUUUAGGAGAUGUGUUCAAAGACAAGGACCCACAGUGGGAGCAUAAGAUCCAGACAGAGCACGCAGUCAAUGCAAUGAUCAGACUGGUGACAGAACACCCAAACCAGGUGUCGUUAGUGGCUCUUGGUCCACUCACUAAUUUAGCCAUGGCCGUACGACUAGAUCCUGACUUUCCAAAGAAACUGAAGGAUUUAUACAUCAUGGGAGGCAACAAGGAGGGAAAAGGAAACGUGACGCUGUGUGCAGAGUUUAACUUCAGGAUGGACCCUGAGUCUGCCCAUGUGGUUCUGGAGGAGUUCCUCUGCACCACAUACAUCGCCACCUGGGAAUACGCCUGCAGGAACAAGCUCACCUGGGAGUUCUUCGAAGCUCUGAUAGACCAGGACGCCCCUGCGGCUCGUUUCAUGAAGACCAUCACCUCUCAGUGCUGGGCCUACUCCAAAGAGACCAUGAAGAACAAGCGCGAUGUGUAUUUCGGACCUGGUUUUGUGUCGUACGAUGCUUAUGCUAUGGCAGCGUGCAUAGACAGCAGUGUGGUGACAGAAAGCAUUCACUGUCCCGUUCGCGUUGAACUGCAGGGGUCGAUAGGACGAGGGAUGAUGGCACUAGAUCAGGCAAAUCAACUAAAAAAGAUACAUAAGGUUUUUGUAUUUGAUAAAUGUGAUGUGGAAAAGUUUGGACAGUUACUGAUGAUGUCCCUCAGGCAGCCAUAACGUACAUACACAACAGAUCGGCAGCUGGAAAUGCUGACGUGGUUUGUGUGAUUAAUUUCUUUUUUUCUUUUUUUUUUCUUUUAAAUUUAAUUCAUUUCAUUUAUAAUGUGAAAUUAAAUAAGAAACUAACGUAUUUUAUGUAGAUCUUAAAAUUGACAUGAAGUUAUUGAGAUUUUAUUUAGGAUUAAUAUUAAUGAAUGCAAUUUAUCCACAUACUUUAGAGCAGGCAUGUCCAAACUAUGGCCCAAGGACCAAAUGUGGUCCUCAGACAAAUUUUUCUUGGCCCUCAGGCUUCCAGGAGAAUUGACCCAAAUUACCUUGCAUUAAUGAAAAAUCAGCUUUUGCAAGUUUUUUGAAAAUCUACCUUGAAAAAGCCAAUAUGUAAUAUUUAGUGUGUGGUUUUGAGAAUUUUAGCAUGAAUAAAGGACUGACGGCUCAUUCUAAUGUGUUAAACAUGCAUAUAUAUCAAUUAUUCACUGUAAUGAGCACCAGUCUAUAGCCCGCGAUCGGCCCUCUGCUUCAUCUGUGUUAAGAUAUGUGGCCCUUGAUGAAAAAAGUUUUGGACACAUUGCCACAUGACCACAUCAAUCCAAAAGAAAAAAAAAGUACAGUAAAUUAUAAAAGAAACUGUGAAUGUGUUUAUCCACAACGCAAUCUAAUAUUGAGUUGCAAUACCCAAUUCUGCCACAAGAGGUCAAACUAGAUUGUAUUUAUAGCAUUUGCCUUUGGUCUUUACUCAUUUCAUAAGAAUUAUUUUCUUGAAGCUCAUCAUUAUUGGGGAAAAAGAAUUUAAUACCUUUCCAUACUGUGUUUAUGGACAUUUUCUGUAACCUAACUUGUAACCUUACCCACCUCUAUAGUUCGUACAGUACUGAAUUAAAUCAGCAGGACUCGGAUUGAAUAUACAGACUAGUAAUGGUACAUUUAUUUAGUCACAAUGUUUAGAAGGUCCUGGUUCAAUUGUCAAACCAUAGAGAGCCUUGUUGGGUCCUUCUGUGUACUUUCUGGUUUCCAAAAACGCUUAAUUUUCCCAUUUAGGACCCCUGGCCAAGAUCUUGUUGCCUGACAGUGCUAUCCGUCCAGUUCCUUGUGUAUUAGGAUGGCAUCGUCAGGUAAAAAAUCUUGGCCGAGGUCUGUAGAUCUGGUCUUGCGUACUGUACAGUGUCCCACCAUUUGCACUUUUAAAAAUGGGCUUAAUAAAGAAGUCAGAUCUGCAAGGUAGUAAUUUAAUUUGCACGUUUUGUAAUAAAAAGGAAAUUUAAUAAAACACUA